AAGAAGACACCCUGUUGCUGUAGGGGCUCGUAUACCAUGUCCACUGUCACCCCCUCCCUCGCCAACACCACCGCCGCUUCCUCCCCCUUGCCUGCUUCCCCGCGCGCCUCCAACGAGGGCGACCAGGCCCAGAUAGCCUCCAAGGACGUGCAAGACGCGCAGGACGACCAGGAGGAGACAGACGAGGAUAAGCAGCUGGUAGAGAAGAUGAUGGAGGAAGUACAAGAUGACCCUGAGGCGUCCGCCCGCGCCUCACGCCUCUCUUUCCUCCUCGACAAAUCGGCCAUCUACGCCAAGAUUAUCGGCGACCGUAUGGCGCGCCAGCAGAUCGAGAAGCGCAAGGCGGAACAGCGAGCUGAAGUGAGAAAGGCCAACAAGGAGAAGAAGGCUGAGGUGGAGGAGCCUGUGGCCAAGGGGAGGAGCAAGGGAACGAGAGCAAGUGCGAGGGAGAAGAAAGUUGAGCCUGUGGAAGCGGAGGCGGAGGAGGUGAAGGGGAAGAGAAAGAGGCAGAGUGUUGGGGGGAGAGGCGAGAAGAAGGCCAAGGUGGAAGAGGAAGCCGAUGAAGCUGAACCCCUCGAGUCACCUACCAAACCUACCGGCGACGCCGACAACGAAGCCGAAGCUGAAGCCGAAGAAAACAUUCAAUACUCCUUCAAACAACCCGAGCUCGUCACCGGUGCCAAACUCCGAGAUUACCAACUCGCCGGCGUGCAAUGGAUGAUCUCUCUCUACGAAAACGGCUUGAACGGGAUCCUAGCGGACGAAAUGGGCCUGGGCAAGACUCUGCAAACCAUCUCUUUCCUAGCGCAUCUGCGCGCAAAGGGGACGUGGGGCCCGUUUUUGAUCGUCUGUCCGUUGUCGGUUUUGAACAAUUGGAUCAUGGAGUUUGAAAAGUUUACCCCUGAUAUCCCUGUGAUCAUGUACCACGGUACCCCCGACUAUCGCGCCGAGCUCCGCGCAACCCGUCUUCAACCCCCCACUGCCACCCCCAUGGGCAGCACUUCCGCCAAGACCAAGGGUCGUAAAAAUACCAAGACCGGCGGCAACACUACGGCCUCGUUCCCGAUUGUCGUCACGACGUAUGAUAUCUGUAUGAAAGACAAGCAGUUCUUGAGUGGGAUCAUGUGGAAGUUUAUCGUUGUUGAUGAGGGGCAUCGGUUGAAGAAUCUGGAUUGCAAACUUAUUCGGGAGCUCAAGUCGUAUACCAGUGCCAACCGGAUGAUCCUGACCGGUACGCCCCUACACAAUAAUCUCGCCGAACUCUGGUCCCUUCUCAACUUUAUCCUCCCCGACAUAUUCGACGACCUCGACUCGUUCCAACAAUGGUUCAAUUUCGACGAGAUGAACAACAACACCACCACCACCGACUCUCUCCUCGACAAGACCAAGGUCGUCUCCUCCCUGCACGCUAUCCUGAAACCAUUCUUGUUGAGGAGGUUGAAGGUGGAUGUGGAGAAGGACCUGCCGCCGAAGAAGGAGUAUCUGCUGUAUGCGCCGUUGACGCAGAUGCAGAAAGACGUCUAUCAGGCGAUCGCUACGGGCAAGAUUCGGGAGUACCUUAUCGACAAGGUAACCAACGGUGACUCUGGGGCCAACACACCGGCUGAAGAGCCUGAACCCGAGGUCGCAAGAGGCAAGGGGCAGAGGAAGAAGAACAAGGUCAAUUAUGCGAUUGAAGAGAAUGAUAACAAGUAUAUCGAUGAUCUCGAGAGCGGCAAGACGAGGUCGACUGGGAUCACGUUUACGGAGAAGAGCGCUACGGACGUUGGGAAAGAGUGGGCGCUUAAACAAGCUACCAAGCGAGUGAACAACAUGCACCUUCAGAACAUCGUCAUGCAACUACGCAAAAUCUCGUCCCAUCCCUACCUCUUUGAAUGGCCGAGCGACCCUACCACCGGCCAGCUGGUGGUCGACGACAAUCUGGUGAAUGCGAGUGGUAAGAUGCUCCUGUUGAACAGGCUCUUGGACUCUUUGUUUGAGAGAGGACAUCGGGUGCUGCUGUUCAGUCAGUUUACGACCAUGCUCGACGUUAUCGAAGAUUGGGCGACAUCAUACAAAGGCUGGGAAGUCUGCCGUAUCGACGGCUCCACAUCACAAGAGUCCAGACGGGAACAGAUGGACUCGUAUAACGCUGGCAGAGACGACCCCGACGCUUGCAAGUUGUUCUUGUUGAGUACGAGAGCGGGCGGGUUGGGUAUCAACCUCGUUUCGGCUGAUACUGUCAUAUUCUUUGACCAAGAUUGGAACCCGCAGAUGGACCUGCAAGCCCAAGACCGAGCCCACCGAAUCGGCCAAACCAAGCCCGUCCUCAUCUUCCGCCUCGUAUCCGCCCACACGAUCGAAUCCAAGAUCCUCCAACGCGCGGGCAACAAACGGAAACUCGAAGAGCUCGUCAUCUCGCAAGGCAAGUUUGGAGCGGUGGUGGAUGAGAAUGGGAAAGUGUUGUUGGGGCGGAAAGGGGAGAAGGGGGCGGGAGGAGCGGGAGGAGGAGGAGGUGGGGGGAAGGAGACGGUGGCGGAGAUGGCGAAGGCGCUUUUGGCGUUGGAGGGGGAGGAGAUUAAUGUUGCUUCGAAGGAUGAUCAGAUCAUCAGUGACGCCGACCUCGACAUCCUCCUCGACCGUUCCCCCGCCGCUUUCGCCCGAGAAAAGGGCUGGUCUGCCGGUCUCGGCAAGACGGGCGCCGACGGUAGGGCAGAGCAGCUCAAGAAGGGCGAAAAGACAUUGUUUGAGGUGUUUGAGAGCGCAAAGGAAGGAGAGGGAGGGUUGAGUGGAAUGUUUGGGGGUACGGAGGAGGUGCAGUAGACUACCAGAGUCGGCUUCUGGUUUUAUAAAGCGAAGACUUUGCUUCUGUUGUGUUGUUACUUUUGACUUUUUACCUGUCUUCUCUUGGUAUCCUGAUUCCUCUUGGAUGAAUACACAGUAGUAGAUAAGUAGAUAGAAAGAGAAUCUUGUAUUUUGACGAAAUAGUAUGAUAUGCGCG